CUUCGAGCUUCGACCCAAGUCGCAAAAUCGUUGCCUGAAGCUUGAAGGCGUCUUAAUUAUCUGACUACCUCCAGGUGGUACAUCAAGCAUGGCGCCCCGCGGUCGCCCCUCACUUCAGCAAGGUCUCGACCGUGACAUCUACCAGAUUGUUUGCAAGUAUCUUGACGACAAGAAUGAGUCACCUCUCAAACUUCGGAUCUCGACUAUCCAGGACUUCAUUCAAAAGUCCAAUUCCAGCCUCAAAAGACGGCCUAAGAAGCAGCUGGAGGACUCCAUCGAACGCGUUAUCGACGUGAUGCGAGAGGACGAAGAGGUUAGCGAUGAAAUUGCUGAUAUUGAGGGCGACUUUGGCGAGAUGGAGGAAAAGGCACAGAAAGAGAAGGAGAGCAAGUCAGCUGACUGGAUGAACAAGCAAAUCGUCGGUCAGUGGGCCAAUUCUGGGGCCGUGACUCCCUCCACGGUCAAUGGUGAGAAGAGCAAAAAACGCGAUGGUGUCAAGGCCAGUGGGGAGAGGGAGAGCAAAAGACAGAAAAAGGAGCCGAAGGAGGCCAAGAUCGACACUGCACCACCAUCUGGCGUCAGCCUAGAGGACCUCGGUGGUGUGAGCAAGGUCAUGAACCAGUUGAAGGAGCACCUUGUCCUGCCGCUGCUCUGUCCUGAGGAGUAUGUUCAAAGAGAGAUCCCUAUCCCGCGCGGAAUUCUGCUGCACGGCCCUCCUGGAUGCGGAAAGACGGUCAUCUGCCGAGCGGCUGCGGCUGAACUGGGUGUGCCAUUCAUCGAGAUCCUCGGACCAUCUGUCGUGUCCGGCAUGUCUGGAGAGUCUGAGAAGCAGAUCCGUGAGCACUUCGAGCGCGCCAAGGAGGUGGCACCCUGCCUCAUCUUCAUCGAUGAGAUCGACGUUAUCGCGCCUAAGCGAGACAAUGCACAGAGUCAAAUGGAGAAGCGUAUUGUUGCUCAGCUCCUCAUCUCGAUGGACAGCUUGGCCAUGGAAGGCAACGAUGGCAAGCCGGUUAUCGUUCUGGCAGCAUCAAAUCGACCGGACAGCCUGGAUCCUGCGCUCCGCCGUGGAGGUCGAUUCGACACUGAGAUCAAUAUGGGUGUGCCCAAUGAGGCCAUGCGGGAGUCCAUUCUGAGAGCACUUACGCGCAAGCCGAAGCUUUCGGAGGAUGUCAAUUUUACCAGCCUUGCUAAAAUGACCGCCGGUUUUGUGGGCGCUGACCUCAAGGAUCUGGUUAGUAAGGCGGGUACCUGGGAAAUGGAAAGAUACCGCGAGGCACUGGAACUGCAAGCUGCAGCGAACGAGACUGAGAUGGAGGUAGACGUUGCCAAAGUUACUGCCGAUGAUGCUGAGACAAUACGAUCCUGGAGACGCCUAGUCCUGCGAGUACGCGAUAAGGAUGCUACACGUCCUGCGGGUUUCGAAGACUCAGUCAUCUCGAUGGAAGCUUUUCAGGCUGUGCUUCCUACGAUCACUCCGUCCUCAAAGAGAGAAGGCUUUGCCACCGUGCCAGAUACAACAUGGCGUGACGUUGGUGCCCUUGAAGGCGUACGCGACGAGCUCGAAAUGGCUAUCGUCGAGCCCAUACAGAAUCCACAGCGAUACGCCAAGGUCGGUAUCUCUGCGCCCACGGGCGUACUACUCUGGGGACCUCCCGGGUGCGGUAAGACGCUGCUGGCCAAGGCCGUUGCUGCAGAAUCAAAAGCAAACUUUAUCAGCGUUAAGGGUCCUGAGUUACUGAACAAGUACGUCGGAGAAUCCGAACGCGCCCUCCGGCAAGUCUUUAUGCGCGCCCGCAGCUCCGUUCCCUGCGUCAUAUUCUUUGACGAGCUGGAUGCUCUUGUGCCCAAGCGCUCUAGCGAACUCCAUGAGGCGUCCGCACGUGUCGUUAACACACUGCUCACUGAGCUGGAUGGCCUUAGCAUGCGCGAGGGCAUAUAUCUGAUUGCAGCCACCAAUCGCCCUGAGAUGAUCGACGAAGCUAUGUUACGUCCUGGCCGUUUGGAGACACUGUUGUAUGUCGAGCUUCCCAAACCAGAAGAGCGCGUCGACAUUCUGCGCGCCCUAAUUAGGCAGCGUGGAGUCAUUCGCGAGUCUUUGGCGGAGGUGGGACGCCGGGAGGAGUGCAACAACUUCUCUGGAGCUGACCUUGAGUCCUUACUACGCAAGGCAGGCCAGCACGCACUCCGCCGCCGUGCCGAAAUUGUUGAGGAAAUCGACAUUGUGGAGGCAGUCAAGACCAUUAGACCUAGCGUCGGUGAUGUCAAGAAGUAUGAGGACUUGCGUAAGCGCUUCGAGACGAAGCUGUUUUAAGGUGUCAAGUAGUUAGGAAUGAGAGAUUAACAAG